UCGUGGGAGAAACGCGGCGUGCGGCCGGGGAGCACCGUCCGAUGCACCGCCAUCAUACAGCAGUCUGUACCCUGAUCUGGCACAGUCUGGCUCCCAGACAUCAGCACGGCACAGCUUCACACGGAUCAGGGACAGGUUCAACACACUACAGGACGUUAGUAUGGCCAUACGGGAGGCUGGGCUCGAGUCUAGUAACCUCAUAUUUGGUAUUGACUACACAAAGAGUAAUGUCUAUCAAGGUCAGGUGACCUUUGGUGGGCGGAGCCUUCAUCACGUCGACCCUGAUGUCCUAAAUCCCUACCAACAGGUCAUUGCCAUUCUCGGUGAGACUCUUUCUCACUUUGACGAUGACGGUCUCAUCCCUGCCUUUGGAUUUGGCGAUGCCUCAACCUCAGACAAACGAGUGUUCCCGUUUAAGGAGACGGGGUUCUGUGACGGCUUCACGGACGUAUUACAGUGUUAUAACCUGAUCACGCCCAGAGUGAAGCUCAGCGGGCCCACAAACUUCGCCCCACUCAUAUAUCAGGCCAUCGAUAUAGUAAAACAAACUAAAGCGUACCACAUCCUGGUGAUUGUUGCUGAUGGCCAGGUCACCAGCGAGCGCGCCACCCGUAACGCCAUCGUCCAGGCCUCCAAGUACGCGCUGUCAAUCAUCCUGGUGGGCGUGGGGGACGGACCGUGGGACGCCAUGCGCGACUUCGACGACAACCUUCCCAGCAGGCAGUUCGACAACUUCCAGUUUGUCGAUUUUCACCGGGUCCGAGCGACCGCUCAGAAUCCUGACACGGCGUUUGUGGUACAGGCACUGAUGGAGAUCCCAGACCAGUACAAGGCUAUCAGACAGAUGGGGUAUCUGGAUAACUAGUUGCGGGAUACAGUCGCAUGCAAAAUUAUUCAACCCCUCUUGUAUUUUGGGGAAUUUUGCCAAAAUAAGGAAAAUUGCAACUGUAGAACAUUCCUAACUCAUGUAGUUGAUUAACAGAUAGUUAAUUACAAUUUAAUAUCGGAGAAAAAGUCAAUAUUAUUUCAUAGUUCAUUUGAAAUGGCAACUUUAACAAAAAAAGCAGGUGGCAAAAUUAUUCAACCCCUACACAAUUCAUCAACUACAUGUAGGUUUGGACAUACUGUAAUUCACAAUUUUUUCGAAGCAAUUUUAUUU